UCGAGCCAGGCCUAGAGCGAUGUCCGAGCCAAGCCUGACGGCCAAGUGCACUGCGGAGUUCGUGGGAACCUUCCUGCUGAUCUUCACAGUGGGUUGCAAUGUCCUGGGUGGCAGCCCGACAUGGGCUGGAAUUUCCAUUGCUUUCGUCCUCAUGGUGUGUAUCUAUGCUCUUGGGGGCAUCUCAGGUGCCAACUUCAACCCGGCUGUUUCCGUGACCUUGGGCAUUUCCAAGGCCCUUGGUGGACCUGGUUUUGACUGGAAGCAGGUUGGCAUCUACUCUGCGGUUCAAUGUGCUGGGGGUAUCUCAGCAGCCUUGUGCUACUUCUUGCUCUUCGGCCAAAGUUUCAACUUGGCACCAGCCAAGGGCUUCUCGUGGUACCAUGCAGGCCUUUGCGAGUUGCUGUAUACCUUCAUGCUGACAUUUGUGGUGAUGAAUGUGGCAGCUGCCCAGAAGAACGCAACGGAGAAGAACCAGUACUACGGUAUGGCCAUUGCAUUCACAGUGGUUGCAGGUGCCUACGGCGCGGGUGCUGUGUCCGGUGGCUGCUUCAACCCGGCAGUUGCCCUUGGCAUUGACAUCUCCAGUGCAGGAGUGGGCUUUGGUUGGAGCAUUGUCUACAUUGUCUUUGAGCUGCUUGGUGCUGCCAUGGCUGCCGCAUUCUUCAAGGUGGUGCGCCCUGAAGAUUUCGGUGGAGAGAAGUCGCAGAUCACAGAGCUUGUGAGCGAGUUCCUGGGCACCUACAUGUUGGUGCUCACUGUGGGACUGAACGUGUUGGGCAAGUCCAAAGCUGCCGCCUUCUCCAUUGCUGCCGGCCUCACUUCGAUGAUUUGCGCCCUUGGCGAUGUGAGCGGUGCCCACUUCAAUCCUGCGGUGACCGUGGCCAUUUUGGCAUCUGGCCGUUGCCCUGAGCUCACUCCAGCCAAGGCUGGCACAUAUGCAGGUGUCCAGAUUGCCGGUGGCAUUGCUGCGGCGUUGACUUAUGCCUUCAUCUACCAGGGCGCAACCUUUGGCUUGGGUCCCGUGGGUUUCAGCACUUGGGCUGGGGUCUCUGUGGCUGAGAUCAUCUACACCUUCGUCCUUUGCUUCGUGGUGCUUUGCGUGGCCGUUUCGGAGCGCACCAAGGCCUCUCAUUUAUUUGGCCUGGCCAUUGGCUCCUGCGUGACGGUGGGCGGCUUUGCCAUCGGUGGCAUCUCAGGUGGAUCCUUGAACCCCGCAGUAUCGUUCGGCAUUGCCACAGCAAACCUCAUCAACGGUGGCCUCUUCUACAAGGCUUUGAUCUACACCCUGCUCGAACUUCUUGGUGGUGUUGCUGCUGCCGGAGUUUUCAAGAUCACUCAUGAGGUCGAAACAGCUUUGCCAGAGAGCAAAGACGUGGAUGCCUGAGGGUCUCAAGAUCUGAUGCGAACCUGAUCAGCAGACCCGAAGCCGAUCGGCCUAGCGGUUUAGAUUCGAAGACGUCAAAGCAGUGACACCGCCGCGUCAGAUAGAACGAUGCGCCUGGUCAGUGAAUCCAAUGCUUAACAGCUUAACACAGGUGACUGUUGAGGAACCAAGCAAAGGCAUU